GCGGCUGAGCAAGUGAGCAUGGUCACGAGCGGGAUAGGAUCACCACUUGCUUCUCCAUGGGAGGACCGGCAGCUGCUGCUAUUCUCCGUCGCCGGCGCGGUUCUGGCGUGGUGCGCCGUGAGGGUGCUGGAGUGGGCGUGGUGGCGGCCACGGCGCCUGGAGCGGGCGCUGCGCUCGCAGGGGCUCCGGGGGACGGCGUACCGCUCCCUUGCCGGCGACGCGCAGCUGCUCGUGCGGCUCAACAAGGAAGCAAGGUCCCGGACCAUGCCGCUCGGCUGCCACGACAUCGUGCCGCGGGCGAUGCCGCUGUUCCACCAUGCCAUGAAGGAGCACGGUAAAACUUCGAUCACUUGGUUUGGGCCGAUGCCUAGAGUGACUAUCACAAAACCUGAACUGGUGAGAGAAGUUCUGUCCAACAAGUUCGGCCACUUUGAGAAGCUCACGCCCACACUUGGCCGAAUUCAGAGGUUGUUGCACAACGGUUUGGGUAGCCACGAAGGCGAAAAAUGGGCUAAGCAUAGAAGGAUCAUCAACCCUGCCUUCCAUCUGGAGAAGCUCAAGGUUAUCUUUUUAUUCUGUUAUCAACAAGACAAACUCUCAAUGGUUCGGCCAUGUUCACACAAACUUAUAUUGCAUUUUCAGCGCAUGUUGCCGGCUUUUGCCGAAUGUUGCACAGAGCUGGUACACAAAUGGGAAGGUGUAGUCGGCAGUGAUUUUCCAUGCGAGGUAGAUGUCUGGCCUGAUAUGCAGAACCUGACAGGGGAUGUCAUCUCCCGCGCCGCAUUCGGCAGCAGCUACCUCGAGGGCGUGAGGAUAUUUCAGCUUCAGGGGGAGCAGGUCCUGCUCGUCCUGCAGGCCAUGAACAAGAUACAUAUCCCUGGUUACCUGUUCUUGCCUACCAAAGCCAACCAAAGGAUGAAGCACAUUUCUGCGGAGAUCGGGAGGAUCCUAAGAGGGAUCAUCACCAAAAGAGAGAACGCCUUAAAAGCUGGCGAAGCAAGGAGCGACGAUCUUCUCGGGUUGCUGCUGGAGUCGAGCAUGGCAGACUGCAGGGGAGACGGCAGCUCGGACGCCGGUAUGACAACGGACGACGUGAUCGGAGAAUGCAAGAUGUUCUACUUCGCCGGCGCGGAGACCACGUCGGUGCUUCUCACGUGGACGAUGAUUGUGCUCUGCAUGCACCAAGAGUGGCAGGACCGUGCCAGGGAGGAGGUCAUGCUCGUCUUCGGCGCUAGCACGCCGGAUUACGACGGCUUAAGUCGCCUGAAAAUCGUGACGAUGGUGUUGUACGAGGUGUUGCGGUUGUACACGCCGCUGACGGCGCUCCAGCGUAAGACGUACAAGCCCAUGGAGCUUGGCGGCGUCAGGUACCCAGCGGGUGUGGCGCUCAUGCUGCCGGUGAUGUGUGUCCACCACGACAAGGAGCUUUGGGGCGCAGACGCCGAUGAGUUCAGGCCAGAGAGAUUUUCCCAGGGGAUCUCCAAGGCGUCCGCGGACGCGCCGGCGUUCUUCCCGUUCGGCUGGGGGCCGCGCGUCUGUGUUGGCCAAAACUUCGCGCUGCUCGAGGCUAAGAUGGGGCUCGCCAUGAUUCUGCGACGCUUCUCCUUCGAGCUCUCGCCGUCUUAUAGGCACGCGCCAUUCCCCCUCGGCAUGCUGCAGCCAGAGCACGGCGCGCAACUCAGGCUUACGAAGCUUCCGUGAGCUGCACAUCAUAAAUCCAAUAGCUUGAAAUACUACAAUAUAUUUAUUAGUGGAUUCUAUGAAUUUAUCCACUCGUCCCCAUGUAAAAGGCAUGUUUAUGGAUUAAUUUGUAUAUGGAGUAUUUGUAUAAGAAUAAGUAGGAUAUAGUUUCGAAGAUACUGGCGUGAGAAACAUAAAUAAAAGCGGUUUGCAAUUCAGAUGAA